AUGACUGCUCAAAAAGCAUUUCAAACAAGAAACUUUAAUAAAGAUAUCGACAUAAUAGCUGGUGUUGCCCGACAUGAGGGCUCUGGACUAUUAGCCGGUGUCACUUUACCAAAAAAUAUUACCAAAAAAGAGAUCAAUUUAUUUAUGAAUUUCAUUGAUAAUACAUAUCAUAAUCUCAAUGUGAGUGAAAUAACUGACUAUUAUUUGGCCAACAAAAAUGGAUCGCAUGACAUCGAGUGGAGUCUAUACGAUGUUUUUGAGACGAAUGUCACUCAUGGAGCUGAUCUUGAUUUUGUGUUUGGCCUACCAGUGCUUAAACCAGAGAAAAGUGAUACUGAAAUAGAUGUCAAAUUCAGUAAACGUUUAAUGAAAUUAUGGACUGAUUUUGCUAAAUAUGGUUUUAUACAUUUUAACGAAUGUAUUGAUCCGACAGUAAAUACAACAUCAGGUGUAGUGAAAGGACUCGAAAUACAUGUUCUCAACACAAGUAUCGCACAGUAUCUGAACAUACCGUACGCCGAACCGCCACUCGGGAGACUUCGGUUCGCUAAACCCGAACCAUUGAAACAUCCAAAACAGUUAAUCGAUGGCACAAAAACAGGCAAUUCUUGUGUGCAGAUAGUUAUGGAUACAAUGAAACAUUUUAUGGGAAAUAUAACACUAAACGAAGACUGUUUAGUAUUAAAUGUGUGGACACCUAAUAACAACAACAAAUCAAAUGUUUUAAAACCGGUUAUGUUUUGGAUUCACGGCGGAGCUUUAAAACUUGGAUCCAGUUUUCAAUGGGUAUACAAUGGCAGUGCACUGGCAGCACAUGAUGUGGUGGUUGUCUCUGUCAACUACCGGUUAGAUAUAUUUGGGUUUAUAUACGGAGGACAUGAGUCGUCAGCUCAGGGAAAUAUGGGACUAUUUGAUCAGUUAUUAGCACUUAAAUGGGUCAGAGAAAACAUACAUAUGUUUGGCGGAGAUAAAGAUAAGAUUACAAUAUUUGGUGAAAGUGCUGGUAGUUGGUCAGUAUCAUCACAUUUAUUAUCACCGCUAUCUAGAGGUCUAUUCAAGAGAGCUAUUAUGGAAAGCGGUGCCCAUAUGUAUAACAAAUUGCGACAACCAUUGAAUACUACCGAAACUUUGCAACAAAGUGUUGAAUUGGCUAAACAGCUUAAUUGUACGACUAGUCAAUGGUUAGACUGUUUGCGUAAAGUUGACGCCCGGGAACUCAUAAAAUACAGUAAAUCAGGUUUUAUUUUUCCUUUAACUGACACCGAGUUUCUGCCAAUGACUGCUCAAAAUGCAUUUCAAACAAAACACUUCAAUAAAGAUAUCGACAUAAUAGCUGGUGUUGCCCGACAUGAGGGCUCUGGACUAUUGCCCGGUGUCUUGACUUUACCAAAAAAUAUUACAAAAAAAGAGUUCAAUUUAUUUAUGAGUUCCUUUGAUAAUACAUAUCAUAAUCUCAAUGUUAGUGAAAUAACUGAGUUUUAUUUGGCCAACAAAACCUCAUCGCAUGACAUCGAGUGGAGUCUAUACGAUGUUUUUGGUGACCUAAGCAUCACUUGUCCCACAUAUAUGUUCGCCAAAAACUAUGCACAACAUAUCGAUGGCGACAAUAAUAAUGUCUACUUCUAUGAAAUAACUUAUCAACGUUUGUCAAACUCUAUUGGUUACCCCAAAGAGACGAAUGUCACUCAUGGAGCUGAUGUUGAUUUUGUGUUUGGCCUACCAGUGCUCAAACCAGAGAAAAGUGAUACUGAAAUAGAUGUCAAAUUCAGUAAACGUUUAAUGAAAUUAUGGACUGAUUUUGCUAAAUAUGGCAAACCAUCGACUGUUUGGUCAAAAUUUGUUGAUACUAUAGAUCCUAAAUAUGUGCCCGAAAUUUAUGAUUUAAAUCCCAAUACAGAUACACAUAUAUUUGACAAUUUCGACCUAAAUCCGUGGGUUCCCGGGUCGGGAGCUCCAGUAUCGAAAAGGUCCCUUCUUGUCUACAGUCUUAAGACUACUAUAUGUGUCAUAUGGAAGUCUCCGACAUCCCCGAGAUUGUACCAGGCCGCCGAAGGCUCUGCCAGAUUUUUCGGCAAUAGUCCUACGUUUUAG